AUGGCUUCCGCGAUGGGGAAGACCCCGAGAAUCCUCGCCUGUGUGCUCUGCCAAAACCGCAAGAUUAAAUGUGACCGUCAUACUCCUUGCUCAAAUUGCGUCAAGGCAAAUGUUCCGUGCACCCCGAGCACUCCGGCGCCGCCGCGCAAGCGUAGGCGGCCCAACCAGGACUUACAGCAGAGGCUCGCGCGCUGCGAAGAACUGCUCUCCGAGUAUACAACAAACCCGCGCACUCCGUCUAGUAAUGAUUUCAUAACCCGCGAUGAUUCUUGGAGGCCCAUGGGCAGGUUGGUCAUCGACGAUGAUGGCACCAAAUUCACAGAUAGCCACCUCUGGGCUACCGUGCAUCGCGAAAUCUCUGCCAUGCGCGAAAUACUAGAAGACGACGAACUCGAGGAUCAUUGUACCCCUGCAGACGCUCGCACGCCAGAGCUUCAUUCGAGCCUAAUCCUCUCAGAAGGUACAGACGGUAAUGUUGAAGACUACCGGCCAUCACCAGCCCACGCUUUCCGCCUGUGGCAGACUUUUCUCGAAAAAGUUAACCCGUUAACCAAAGUGAUCCAUGUCCCCUCGGUACAGCCCAAAUUAGUAGAGGCCACGACAGAUCCCAGUUCCAUCCCGAAAAAUGUUGACGCACUCCUCUUCUCCAUCUACGCUAUGGGCGUCGUCGCGUUGAAUGAAAAGGAGUGUCAACAGCAGCUGGGCUGCGGAAAGGAAGAGGCUUAUCAACGGUUUUCCACGGGUUGCCGGAUUGCCCUGAUGCGUAUCGGCAUACUAAAAACCUAUGAUCUCGUCGUCCUACAAGCCUUGGUCUUGUACUUCUUCUCACUGUCAGGUCGUGUCGAUCGCCAUGCCGCAUGGAUCCUCAAUGGCAUCACUGUGAGGGUCGCGCAAAAGAUGGGCUUACAUAGGGAUGGCGAGUUACUCGGGCUCCCCCCUUUUGAAACCGAGAUGCGGAGGCGGGUGUGGUGGCAAAUUAUCCUCAUUGAUACAGUCUAUGCUCUCAUGUCUGGUCUCGGCCAGUCUCUUAUCCCACGGUCAUGGGAUACUAAACAACCCAAUAAUAUAAACGAUGCAGACCUAUACCCCACUAUGACAACACUGCAACCGAGGAGCGGCCCAACAGAUAUGAUCUAUUGCUUGGUAUGCUACGAGAUGGCAAAGAUGCUGAUGGACACACCACAUUUAGAGGCUAUCAUUCUAGGUAAUGAGACCGGCCUACCCGAUAAGGCGCCUGCGGAAGAAGUAGAAAAAGCGCGGCGACGAAUUCAUGAGCUAGACCAGUCUAUCAGCAACAUUCUGGACAACCAUUGUGACCCUUCCAUGGGCCCUAUACACGAGCUAGCUGCAGAGACACGACAUUUACUCAUCUCCAAGUGCCAGGAUCUUAUUUGUCCUGCUAAGGAACAGCCUGAGUGGGGUACAGAAAUCCACAGCAGUGCGGACAAUUUGUUCAAGAUUUGUGUGGCUGGUUUAGAGACGGACUUGAGAUUAUACCACAAGACACGAUUGCAGGGGCAGUUUUUGUGGUUCAUGCUUAACCAGUUCCAAGCCGAGAUGUUGAUAUACAUGGCGGGCCAGCUGUGUGAGCGGACAGCGGGAGGCCUUGUAGAGAGGGCAUGGGCGGCUGUGGAGGAACAUUACCGAUUUCAUCAGGAGCUCUUGACCCUUUCCAGUAAGACACAUCUCGCACUCGGCAUUCUCGUGAUUCGGGCUUGGAAGGCGCGAGAGGCCUUUCUCCAGAAGGCGACGGGAUCGGUGCCAACGACUCCAAACUAUAUUGCCAGACUACGGGCCGUCUUACCAUCAACAGAAGCGAAGCAACUACCAGUCGACGACGAGGUUGAUGGAGGCUCAGAUGUGGCAGCGAGCUUCAACCCACUGGCCAACAGGACGGCACCAACGGGAUUGGGCAUGCCGUGGGACCAGAUGCUUGGCUUUGUCGACGCAGGAGCCCUCGACUGGGACAUGUUUGCAGGGGGCGGUGACAACACGUCGACAGCGGCGAACGCAGCAAGUGGGUAUGGGAUGGGCUUCAUAGGCCAUCAAGGCAACUCUUGGAUGUAG